GCCUGACUCUCUGAGUAGCUGAAUUGUUGUUUUUUUUUCAGUUGGUUAGAAACACACCUAACAUUAAUAACCGUCGUGGUUAAGCGAGAAAGUAUUUCAGAAAUAAACUUAUGUGGGGGGAAAAGUGUGACAUUAUGAAGUAAAGCGUGUGUAAAAUCGUUCCUUGUUGGUGUAGAGAGCAGGUCUUUUGCUGUGCCGUGUUGCUUCCUCUCUCAGAGAGGUCACAUGGCAGGCAGGGGAGUGGAUGCAGCCUGUAAUGCAAUUACAUAUGGAAGAUCCGAAAGCAAAUGCACUUCGACUGGAAUUUACCGGAUUGUGGAUGCACAGAAUCGUUUUAAUGAAUUGAUUCAGCGCGGACGGAUUUGUUCGAACUUGUUGUUGUUGUUCUUCUUUUUCCUCCUCAAACCUGACCCACGGUACAUGCACGGAGAGGGUUUUCCUGUAAAAACAGAACCGUUCCAGUCUGGUGGUCGGAAGGGAAUUGUGAAUAGUGAAACUCCGCCAUAUUCAGCUUUUUACCACGCCCGGGGUCGAGCGACUGGAGAGAGAGAGAGAGAGAGAGAGAAAUCGAGAGGAAAAACCUGACGAUUUCAAGGCUUUCUGGUUAUAUAAAUGAUUUAUUGGAGAGUCGGGAGGAUUACAGCACUUUGAAUUGUCACACAUGAGGAUUCAAAACGAUUCCAAUUAUAUCUAGAUUUAUAACAAGCUGUAAAAGAAAGAAAACAUCGUUUAGCAGCUAUGGAGUGUGGAAUCUGUUGAUUAUAAAGUGAGGCUACACACACACACGUAUAUAUUUACAUUAUUUAUAUAUGCACGUGCGCAUUCUUGUCGCCUCAGGUAGGGGCUCGCGCUUGUGUUUUUUUUUUUUUCUUUUUUCAAAGCGAUGAUACGUAAAUGAUAUCAACAAAAAUGAUAUAGAUAUAUAUUUUUUUUUUGUUUAUGAAAUUGCGUCGACGUUUCAUGAAUCGCCUCACUUCUCCACCUCCUUUUUCUCCUCCUCCUCCUCCUCUCCUGUUCUCCACUCUGGACUACAGGAAAACUAGCCUUUACUACUACUUCUACUUCUUCGUCGGCUUCUUCUUCUUCUUGAUCUCCACGUGCGCUUAAUUGUCAACACCCAGAUUUUCAGUGUGUGCGUGCGUGUGUAUCUCUCUCUCUCUCUCUCUCUCUUCAGUGGAAUGGAAUAGCUGAAAAACUUUUCAACAAACAAAGAAACAAAAACAGUGUCAUUUAUCGUUUUAUUUCGGAAAGAAACAUGACUCUGGACUCCGUCAUGGCGUGUUGCCUCAGUGAAGAGGCGAAGGAAGCGAGGCGGAUCAACGACGAGAUAGAGAGGCAGCUCCGCCGGGAUAAGAAGGACUCCCGCCGAGAGCUCAAGCUUCUCCUGCUCGGGACGGGCGAGAGCGGCAAGAGCACCUUCAUCAAGCAGAUGAGAAUCAUUCACGGUUCGGGCUACUCGGAGGAGGACAAGAAAGGAUUCACCAAGCUGGUCUACCAGAACAUAUUCACGUCCGUUCAAUCCAUGAUCCGAGCCAUGGACACCCUGCAGAUUCCCUACAAAUACGAACACAACAAGGGAAAUGCAAAUAUCGUUCGAGAAGUGGACGUAGAGAAAGUUUCAGUGUUUAUAAAUCCAUACGUAGAUGCCAUUAAGAGUUUAUGGAACGACCCGGGAAUCCAGGAGUGCUACGAUCGAAGGAGAGAAUACCAGCUCUCAGAUUCCACCAAAUACUACCUGAAUUCGUUGGACCGGAUUGCUGACUCGUCAUUUGUGCCCACGCAGCAGGAUGUACUGCGGGUCCGAGUGCCCACCACGGGCAUCAUCGAGUACCCUUUUGACCUGCAGAGCGUCAUAUUCAGAAUGGUGGACGUAGGUGGCCAGCGGUCAGAGAGACGCAAGUGGAUCCACUGCUUUGAAAACGUCACCUCCAUCAUGUUUCUGGUGGCGCUGAGCGAAUACGACCAAGUCCUGGUUGAGUCCGAUAAUGAGAAUCGAAUGGAGGAAAGCAAAGCGCUGUUUAGGACGAUCAUAACGUAUCCGUGGUUCCAGAAUUCUUCAGUCAUUUUGUUUUUGAACAAGAAGGACCUGCUGGAGGAGAAAAUCAUGUUUUCACAUCUAGUAGAUUACUUUCCUGAGUACGAUGGGCCCCAGAGAGACGCUCAGGCGGGGAGGGAGUUCAUCCUGAAGAUGUUUGUCGACCUGAAUCCCGACAGCGACAAAAUCAUCUAUUCGCACUUUACUUGCGCGACAGACACGGAAAACAUCCGCUUCGUCUUCGCCGCCGUCAAGGACACCAUCUUGCAGCUCAACCUGAAGGAGUACAACCUGGUGUAGACAAACAGACGAACGAAGCGUGGCGUCUCUGCAGCUUGAGCUUAACUUUAAAAUGACACGCAGAAGCCCUCCGGGGCGACGUUGAUUUUUCUUUUCUUGUUUUUUUUUUUCUUCUUCCUUCGUCUCAGGCAAAUUGGAGACUGAUUUACCAUUUUGUCUUUGGACGAUAAUGUCAAUGAAUACAAACUGCUCACUACUGCGUAAUUUAUUUGCACCUCGGAGCUUGUUCACAGGGUCCGUCUCGAGUUAUUCCAUGUUAUUCCAUUUUAAAGCGAAACGAUGCGUUUUAUGAUCGCCGUGCGGCUCGUUCAGGGGAGCCACAGAGGUUUCGUAACGAAAGCAUUUCGCCCUCCGUAUGAGAUUUAAGGAAUGUACAUAUUUGGUUAAUUACUGAAUUAAGAUGAUCGCUUUGCUCAGAUUAUCCAAUCAUCCAAUGAUCGAGAGGUUGCUAGAAAGUCAUUCAAAAUUUUUUUUUUUUCUCCAUCGUAUUGAAGUACUUCAACUGGUGACCAUUUUCUGUUCAGAGUCUGAGGAGACAAGUUAGGUUCGGCGAGGGGCGGGGUUUACGCUAAAAAUAAGCCAUUUGUUGUCUUUAUGAUGGUUAACAGUGAAGGGUUAAGAGUUGAGUGGUAGUAUGUUACAAGUGCCACGUUUUGCUUUUAAAUAUGUUUCUUAUAUAUUGCCAAAGGAAUAUACGCUCCAUUAACAUUAGCCAUCCCUCUGUUUUUAAAAAAAAAACAAAAAAAAAACACACUCUAUCUGUUUGUACUGUUUUCCAGAUUUCUGAAUUGUUCUGGUAAAGUUGUCCAGCUCCACAGCUUGACUGUACUCUAUCGCUGUAAGUCCUCAGUAUUUCAUUAGCCAAAUUGAGUGUCGGUCUGUUUUCAUCUGCUGCCUGAUAUAUAAGGUGCCAUUUUUGCUCCCAAAAGUUCCCCUAAAACGGAACGGGUCACUUCGGGUUCUUUUGGCAGCACUUUCAGUAUAUUCUUCUUAAUGAUGAAAUCAGGAUGUGCAAUCAGUGUUUUAAAGCAAGGCCAGUGUAAGGAACGAUGGCGGAUUUCUACAUCAUGUUUCCACCAAAACAAAGUUAGCUCGUCGUCCUUCCAAAACUUAAGACAAGGUGAUCUCAGUGCCGUCAUCAUUUUCCUUUCAUCCUAAAUGGUUUCGUACAAGCUUUCAUCGAUGAAGGGCUGCUGUUGUUGUUAAAAAAUAAAUAAACGGCGGUAUUUGUGAUUUGUGAUGUUUGCCAUUGGAAUGUUCUGGAAAAUGAACCAUAAUGAAGUCCUUGUGGUUUUUUUUUGUUUGUUUGUUUUCCUCACCUAACGGGAUGUUGGUGUUUAAAUCAUUCCUAAAAUGACUCGAUUAAACUUCACUUGCUUGUAAUCCCUGCAAAGCUUUCACUUUUAUGUCAUGCUAGAGAUAUCGGUCCAUGCAGGAUUUCGUGAAGGGUUUUUUGUGAGUGUUGCAUGGCUGUUUUUUAUUUUUAUUUAUUUAUUUAUUUAUUUUAAAUAUGCGAUGCAACUUGCGGCAUUUUUUCACCCGGAAAACUACUUGAAUUAGCGAAAUUGCAAUUGCACGAAAUGUGUCUUUCACAUUGUGGUAAAUGAGACCUUUUAUCUGUACCCGUGUUCAACGCAUGCGAAUCGAAGACGGCUAUGGCAGACUGCCCGUUGUGAUGCGUCCCUGCCCAAAUCUGCGCAAAAAAAAAAAUCUGCGUGAAUUUUUACAAAUCUUACAAAUUUACAAAGAUUUUGCUGCGAAAUCAUGGGUGAGACUGUAAAGGAAGAUGAUCUGGAAAUUCUUCAUGUAGCAAUUGAAUGAAGCAUUUCAAAAAUUUCACCAAUGUUCACAAAUAUUUGCCCAUCAGCCAUCCUGUGUGUAAAAAAAAAAAAAAAAAAAAAUCAAAAGAAAAAAAAAAAACCAACCCUCUAAUGCAUACAGCAGAUGAUGCCAUUGGAUGCCAUUUCUGCUCACACAAAUCGAAGAAAUCUGACACCAACAAACUUCUGGAGCUUCUGAGUAUCGCAAAAGUAGUUGGACUUGAAUAGCGAGUCAAACCCUUAAUCAGUACAUUCCUUUCACAUUCAGCGAUCUUCUGGGAAGCACUUUAGAAAACAAUGAGUUGUAUUCGCCAUGUUUUUUUAAAAUUUCUUUUCUUCUUCCUCACCAGUUCAGUUCAUUCGACGUGUAACUCGAUCACCUGGAUGUCCGAAUGAACACUCCUCCUCCUUUUG